CCCCGCCUGAAUCUGAGGGCAGAUUUACCAUUGGACACUCUGCCGUCGAACUUCGCAGUGGACGCCAUAUGCAGGAGGCAACAUUCGCUGUGUGAGGGCAGUUUUCAAUAGCAGAUAUAGAUGUGUUGAGGACUACACGUUCAGAUCAACGGCGUUCAAAAGGGCCUACCAAUAAUGAAGCGCAUUUUAGUGAUGCUGGCUGCAUUGGUUAUCGUAGCCAUCCCCGUCGCAGUUCCGAUAGCUCUUUUUGUCACAAAAGAGGAAGCGUCAUGCUAUCCUAAACGCAAUGGUUCUAUGAUGUGCUACACGGAGCAUCCAAGUGAUCAGCACCGUUGGUACGCUACCAAAACAGAUUAUGCAUACUUAACUGGGCUCAACGAUACGAACGCCAGCGAGUACACUAUUCCAGGUUGUCAGCCAGUCAUGUUAUACAUGUAUGCUCGACACAGCGUCCGAUUUCCUGAUUUCGUUGACCUCGUAAACAUGAGCGAAAUUCUUCAUCGAGUUCGAAACUGGACUCUAGAAGCUGCAGAUCAAGGCAAGACGAAGUUGUGCAAAAAGGAUAUUGAAGAACUUCGUCAUUGGGAGCAAAGAUAUAAGUUCAAUGAUGCAGCACAAGAGACGAGACAAGGAAGUACUGACACUAGCAUGAUCGCCGAACGUUUCAAGAAGAUGUUCCCCAGCCUCUUCCCACCGGUUUAUUCCGACCAGGACUAUAAACUUGGUUAUUCGGAUCGCGAGCGCACGAACCAGACGCUUCAGGCAUUCCUUCAAGUCAUAUUCGAUAAAGAGGAGCUUUCCAAAAUUGAGUACCCACCAGGUGAUAUAGAGCUGGUUUCAUUUCAUAAAAAUUGCGAAAGAAAACUGUGGCCCAAUCACACUAAACCAAAACGAGAGCUGUUUGAAGAACCGGAAAAGUUCCGGAGGUCGCUUAUAGUUCAGAGAUUUCUCAGAAAUCUACAAACUACUCUCGGCAUUGAAGAUAAAGAACUCAGCUAUCAUGAAGCUAAUCUGAUUGCCAUCGAAUGUGCGUUGUCUUAUGCGGCGUAUGGAAAAUCGCCGUGGUGUGCGGUAUUCUCCAACGAUGACUUAUUGGUCUCUGAAUAUGAUGAUGACAUUUAUGACUUUUACAAGGAUGGCUAUGGCAGACCUCUUAAUCCUAAAAUGGGAUGUCCUGUUGUCAAUGAGGUCACUCAGCUUUUCAACGAUGCUGCGAAUAAACCGAAAGAACACCAUUACAAGUCGGUGCUAUACUUCACACAUUCGCGCGAUUUCAAGAAGCUACUUGGCUCGUUUGAUCUCUUCAUCGGUGAUGAUCGAUUAACGGCAGUGUGCAUGCUUUUUUCAGAUGGGUACUGUACGAAAGAGGUCAGAAACAGGAUUUGGCGUGAUUCUACGUUCUCGCCGUACAGCGCUCAGUUGGUCUUCAUUCUUUUUCAAUGCGGAGAGACGUACAAGGUGCUUAGCCUGUUGAAUGAAAAACCUGUCAAGCUUCCACGAUGUGCGUAUCAUGCGAACGACUUCCUUUGUGAUCUGCGCGAAUUUUACUCGAAGUAUCGUGUCAAAAAUUGCGAUAUCAAUAAGAUAUGCACGCCUAGUGCCAUUUAUGAAAAAUGGCCCGAUACACAUUGGGAGGACGCUUAGGCAAAUAAAAGCACUACGGUCAAAAGUUAAAAAAGGCAACUACGAUACAAAUGCGUGAGUAUGUGCCUCGUUCUUUGUACGAUACAGAGCACGGUCAAAGUGUACGAAAUUUUCCACAGGCAGUUUUAAUUACUUCGAAGUAAAGGUAUUGGAAAGGCUUGUAGUGCUGAAAAAAUCCAAAUGUCAAGCUGUUCGAACUGCAACAUGUCAGAGCUAAAUUAUUCAGUUAGUGUUGAAAAUGAAGGGUGAGUGCCCAGUUGUCAACAGAGGUAAUACUGAGAACACCCUGACGGACUUUACUAAUUAGCAUAUUAUUGUUAUUAGUGUUUUUGAACGCUAACAGUGCAUAAGCUUUGAACAAUGGAAAUUUUAGAUGGGUAUAUUUAAAACUAAUAUAUAGAAUUUAAAUAAAAGACAGCCGUAUUCUAUAUUAAAAAAAAUGCAUUAGAUCGUUUCAAACUUUUAUUUUGGAUUCCACUUUACUGCAAGACAUUUUUACUAGACGAACUACGCCUGUUAGCGAUUCCAGGAAGUUGCACGUUAACAUCUAUUUUAAUGACCAUUGUCGCAGUCGUAUCAAAGUUACCGGAUUGCCGAUAAGUUUUAGGCACUCAGAACUACAGUAAUUUGUAAUUGUGGUAAGUCUCAAUCAUGCAGAGAUUUAGUUGUGUCGCACCUAACACAAGCAAAUAUCAUACGGCACCAUGGUGUGAUCAUUAUCCUGCAGUACCGCGAAAUCGUAAGAGGACUCAGAUCGAGUCCUCUUACGAUUUCCCGGCAAACAGUACCCCUAGAGUAUGAAAAAAAAUACACCUAACAGGACUUUACUAAUUUCACCAAUCUUCUAACGUAUAUACUCCCGCAAAGCACGUACAUGUAUUUGCAUACACUGCACGCCAGUGACCUCACGCUUAAUGUCCAAGCGGCUCAAAGAAGGGCAAUAAAAUAAGCUUACAAUUAAUUCGAGGGAAUUAAUGCAGCCUUCUAUAAAGAAGCUUGCUACCGCUUCUAGCUCUAUCGAGCGUAAACAGCUUACGGACAGUGAAUUAUGCAGUCAAUGAGGACGGCUGUCGCGUUGAGAUUGCGACGCAUGAGCUACGAGUUGAGUCGAAAAGCCUAGGACGUCAUUUGCUCUUACUGGCGAACAAGCCGCCCUUUAAUACCGUCCUUCUGCUCUUGAGAAGCAGUUUGUUUUGAAGGUGAGUAUCGUUUCUUUUACUUCUCCGAUUUUGGUAUUGCAUAUAUAUUUUAACACAUUUCAUGUACACAUAUCGACCCAGCGGAUUGGGUAAGAUGUCUCCAACACGUACGUGUCGCUAAAGGCAGUCGCCGAUAUCACCGCGUCGAAACGUACAUAUAGUAACGAACACUAAUAUACUACUAUGUAUGAUUUCUACGGGUAUAUAUGGCCGGACCUCAAAUCGAAAGCAUCACAACACUCCCAUCGUACGGAGCCUUUAUGUCUCGUCUGCAAUUGGCAACUGCUGCACUUAAUGUAACUAGCGUCAUUUGAGUAAAAUGUAUAGUCGUAUCGUCUGUAAUGCGUACAAUGACAUAUCAUGUAUGUAUAAGCCAAUAAAACGAUAUGGAAAUUGA